CUUGCCAAAGAUAGAAUAUGUCAUGAGUAGUCCGCCCUUCAUUUUAUCUCACUGUAGUGGGGAGGAGUGUUGGAAGGAUUGUUGUGUGAUAUUACAGCCUUUGAUGGUGCAACAUCAAGAUAGAAAAAUGUCACUUUGAAAUAACGCUUCUGAGCGUGGUCGAACAUUUGAGCAUCGUAAUGCGUCUAGCAUUUGUACAAGCAUAUGUGGAUUCAGCGGGCUACUAAUCAACGAAGUACUUAUAGUAAUUUACUUACCUGGUGCGAGGAAUAAUAUGUCAAGACCGAUGAGUGACGAAAGUCAUCCUCGGACCUUGUACGUCGGUAAUCUGGACGCUUCCGUGUCAGAAGACCUGCUAUGUGCCUUGUUCUCGCAGAUCGGUCCCGUCAAAGGCUGCAAAAUCAUUCGUGAGCCCGGAAAUGACCCUUACGCAUUUCUGGAGUUUACGAAUCAUCAAGGGGCUGCUACAGCCCUUGCUGCUAUGAACAAGAGGCUAUUUCUGGACAAGGAAAUGAAGGUAAACUGGGCGACAUCUCCAGGUAAUCAACCUAAACAAGACACUAGUAAUCAUCAUCACAUUUUUGUAGGGGAUCUGAGUCCUGAAAUUGAAACUCACACACUUCGGGAAGCUUUCGCGCCAUUUGGAGAAAUCUCUAAUUGCAGAAUUGUUAGAGAUCCGCAAACUUUAAAAUCUAAAGGUUAUGCGUUUGUUUCAUUUGUGAAAAGAGCAGAAGCAGAAAAUGCAAUCGCGGCGAUGAAUGGUCAGUGGUUAGGAAGCCGCAGCAUUAGAACAAAUUGGUCUACAAGAAAACCUCCACCUCCUAGAAACGAAAGGCCGCGUCAUGCGAAUAAUAAAUUGCACACAUUUGAUGAAGUGUACAACCAGUCAAGUCCAACUAAUUGUACAGUCUACUGUGGAGGUUUCAGUAGUGGUAUAACAGAAGAACUUAUGCAGAAAACUUUCUCACCAUUUGGAACGAUACAAGAUAUUAGAGUUUUCAAGGACAAGGGAUAUGCUUUCAUCAGAUUCUCAACUAAAGAAUCAGCAGCACAUGCCAUUGAGGCCAUUCACAAUACAGAAAUUAAUGGUCAGACAGUUAAGUGUUUCUGGGGAAAGGAAAGUGGUGAUCCAAAUCAUGCUCAGGCUGGAAUGGGCCAGCCAGCAGCAGGUGGAGCACAGUAUCCAUAUACUUAUGGUCAACAAAUGGGUUAUUGGUAUCCACAGAGUUACCAAGCAGCUGCACAAAUGCAGGGACAGUAUCUUCAAGGAAUGCAACCGGGUUAUGCAUAUGGUGGUGGGCAGUUUGGCUAUAGCCAAGGCUACAUGACAGCAGGCAGAAUGGGUGUGCAACUACCGACAGCUACUUGGCAGGGAGUUCCAGCUCAGCCACCAGUCCCUCCUCAGCAAAUGCCUCAAGGAACUGCUAUGCAACAGCCUGGGGCUGGCAUGGUGGCAUACACAAUGCAGCAGUUCCCAACGCAGUGAUGUGGAAUUUGUAUAAACUUGGUAAACUGCUGCUGCACAGAAAAAAAGAGUAUCUUGUUUAUAAGCAGAGGUCUGCAUAAUGCUACUCAACCAGCUCUUGCCUUAAGAGAGGGAUGGGAACAUGGUUUUGCUUCUUUUCCAGUAACAAAUGCAAGAUCAUUUCGUAGUAUGUGCAAACUCGUGUUUAUAGUUGGUUUUUGCAACAAACUAAUGGUGUGUAUUAUUAAAAGUGGAGAACAAUAUUGCAUCUGACAGGCACCUUACCAUUGGCCAUGACUCCACUGCAGGACUAAAGCAGACAUGUUCUGUUCAGUAGCAACAUUCAUGGCAUAUAGUGUUGUGUUUUAAAAAGUAAAAAAAAUCAUAAAAGAUGUGUUUACUGAAGAGAGAUGUAAAAAGUGAUAAGAUUUUGUAGAUUUGCUAGAUGACAACG